UCAUUUUGGGCAGUGUACGUUUUCAACGAGAUACGUCAACGAGAAAGAAGUAGAUUGUCAAUAAGAAGAAGAAAGAAAGAAGAAAAAGAUUCGAUAAAGAGAAGAUACCUUAGCCUUAAGAGAGAAGAAAUCUGAGCUUCUGAAUUGAUUAAUUCUCCAUUUUCCCUGAAAUCACAUUGCAACUAUCUUGAUUAUCAAUUAAAGGGAUCUUGUGCGCUUUGCUAUGGCGAACACUAAGGGGCCAUCUAGUAUGAGAAGUAUGAUGUACAAUGGAAAGUGCUCUUUACUGCCUCCUAAAAGUCCAUUUCCUAGCAUGGCCCCGUCUUAUCUCGAUUAUGUUCCCAGUUCUGCUGUCAACCAAAAGGGCAUCCUGAAACCCAGAGAUGGAAAUUCACACCAUCAGCGUACUUCCUCUGAAAGCUGUCUUAUAGAGGAGCAACCCUCUUGGUUGGACGAUCUUCUUAAUGAGCCAGAAACUCCUGUACGCAGAGGCAGCCAUCGACGUUCAUCUAGUGACUCCUUUGCAUAUUUCGAUGCUGCUAACAUUGCACGCUUAGAUUACAUAGCUCAAGUUGAUAACAAGUUCGGAAAUAUGACUCGUAUCCCUUCCUGGGGGUCACAAGACUUUGACUAUUACAAAGAUGCUCGGCAUGCUGUUUCUUAUGUCGAUCAAAACUCCUCAGUCCGGCGGAAGAAUAGGACAAAGGAUGCAUCUUCAAAUACAGUAUUGCAUCUCCGUAACCUUUCCUUUCCCAGGGAAGAUCUCCGUAUUCAGAGCUCCGUAUCACCUUGCCUCCCACAAGACGGAGACAGGCCUAAAUCUGCUGGAAGUGACAAGCAGGAUUUAGCCGAAUCUGGCAAAGGGUCUGCUGAGAAAAAAGAUUCUUCUCAAAGCAAGAGUUCUUCAUCAGAAACUGACACGAAACGUGCGAAGCAGUAAGUUUAAGGCACUCUGCAGCCCCCCACCCCCCACCCCC